AUCCCUCUAGUCGCAAUGUUCGCACUUUGGUACUUUUCGCUCGCUGUGGACGAAGUCAGAAAACGUUUUAGUUUCUUAGACCGAAUUAUUACGUUUUUCACUGGCAAAGCGGUAUCGAAUCAGCAGCAUCCGGAGAUUGAACCGGAGAAUCCCGAGGGUACCAAUCCGGCCGAAGGAGAUGUUUCCUCCAAGCCUGAACCGGUGAUACCACCCAAGGACACGCCAGUUCCGCCCAAGGCCACUCCUGUGCCUUCACCGAAACCGGUAGAAAAACCCAUCGUUAAACCUGCCCCGGAGGCUCCAGCUGUUAAACCUGUUGAACCAACGAAGCCAAAAGUGGAAAUUCCCCCGGCAGUCGAAGUAAAACCGCAACCGAAACCGGAACAAGUUCCCAAGGUGCAACCGGCGCCUGCUCCCAAACCAGUCAAACCACAGGAACCAACCACCAACGGUCAAUCAAAGGUGACCGAACCAGCCAAACCGGCAGCACCGAUUGCGGCUGUCGUGCCGGCUAAGGUGUCCGAGGACGAUAGUUUGCGCUCACUUCUGCCCGCUGCGCCCACCGUAGUGGAACUGCCCAGCAGCAACGAGGACAGCUUCAUCAUUGUAGAAAAUCAGAAACCGAAACCCACCACCACCACCACGACGAACGUGAAAAAUACGACCCUUGAUUUUCUGAAAGCCGAAGGUGGCAGAGGAGCCGCCGCUCCGGCUAAGCCAAGAAACAAAUCAGACACCAUGGUUGACGCUGCCGUUAUGGAAAAGAUGGAAGCUGGCUUCGCCAAGCUGGCCGCUUCCGACUCCAAGUCUCUGCUGAAGAAGUAUCUGACCAAGGAAGUCUUCGACGCUCUGAAGAACAAGAAGACCUCCUUCGGCUCCACCCUGCUGGACUGUGUCCAAUCUGGUUUCGAGAACCCAGACUCCGGAGUCGGCAUCUACGCACCCGAUGCUGAGUCCUACUCCCUGUUCGCCGAUUUGUUCGACCCCAUCAUCGAGGACUACCACAAGGGCUUCAAGAAGACCGACAAGCACCCGGCCUCCAACUUUGGCGAUGUCAACUCGUUCGCCAACGUCGACCCGACCGGCGAGUUCGUCGUGUCGACCCGCGUCCGUUGCGGUCGCUCGAUGGAGGGCUAUCCAUUCAACCCAUGCCUGACCGAGGCCCAGUACAAGGAGAUGGAAACCAAGGUUUCCACCACCCUGUCCGGACUGGAAGGUGAACUGAAGGGCAAGUUCUACCCAUUGACCGGUAUGGACAAGGCCGUCCAGCAGCAGCUGAUCGACGAUCACUUCCUGUUCAAGGAGGGUGACCGUUUCCUGCAGGCCGCCAACGCUUGCCGUUUCUGGCCAUCUGGACGUGGUAUCUACCACAAUGACAACAAGACCUUCCUGGUCUGGUGCAACGAGGAGGAUCACCUCCGCAUCAUCUCCAUGCAGAUGGGUGGCGAUCUGGGCCAGGUCUACCGCCGUCUGGUCUCCGCUGUCAACGAAAUCGAGAAGCGUGUGCCAUUCUCGCACCACGAACGUCUCGGUUUCCUGACCUUCUGCCCAACCAACUUGGGAACCACCAUCCGUGCUUCGGUCCACAUCAAGGUCCCGAAGCUGGCUAAGGACAUGGCCAAGCUGGAAUCCAUUGCCGACAAAUACAACCUGCAGGUCCGUGGAACCCACGGUGAGCACUCCGAGGCUGAGGGCGGUAUCUAUGACAUCUCCAACAAGCGCCGCAUGGGUCUGACUGAAUUCGAGGCCGUCAAGGAGAUGUACGAUGGCAUUUCUGAACUCAUCAAGAUUGAAAAGUCGCUGUAAAUCAAAACUCCCCUACUAAUCCAACACUAACACAAGCAAAAAAUCCAAUUGAAAAGUAAAACGUUAAAUAAAAGCCAAAAAAAAAA